UCAAAGUCCAUCUUCAGACGACAUGCUUUGAAAUUCUUCCUUCACCUCAUUUAUCUGUACAUAUCUUCAAUAUCUUCAAUCAUCAUGUCCUAUGCAACCUUCAGUACAGAGCAGGAUCCUCUGUUGCCCAAAGAUGAGCAGGCUCCUGAGGUCAUGGGCUCGAGACCAACAAGCUUGAAGAGUUUCUACGACGUUGAAACAGAAGCCAAUAUCGCUGAAAAUGAGGGCGAAGACGAGGACGAUUUUGACCCCAAGCGACAUCUCGUCAAUGAUGUGAUGGCUAUGAUCUUUGGAAUUGCUCUGUUGUUCAGUAUCGUCUUCAUAUUUCUACCCAAUGGCUUCUGGGGAGAUAAGCCAGGCCCGCAGACGGUUGAACAGCGGGUUCAUCGGAUAUUGACAGACACCCCGUUGAUAGAUGGUCACAAUGAUUUUGCUAUUCUGAUUCGAUUUUAUUUCGACAAUCAACUUUAUACCGACAAAUUCAAGAAGCUAUUUGAGGAAGGUGGUAUGCCAAUGCAUGUGGAUCUCCCUCGCUUAAAGAAGGGGAUGAAUGGAGGUGCUUUCUGGAGUGCUUGGGCACCAUGUCCCAAGGAUGGAAUGGAUUUCUCGGAUGCGAACUAUCUUGAUAGUGUUGCGUUCACGCUUGCGCAGAUUGACGCCCUUACACGUCUCCAAGCAGCAUAUCCAAAAGUUUUCUCACCGCAAGUCAACAGUAGCACUGCAUUGAAAGCCUUCAAGUCAGGCCAAUUCAUCUCACCAAUCAUUAUUGAAGGUCUUCAUCAAAUUGCCAACUCCAUUUCCAACCUCCGCCACUACCAUUCUCUCGGAGUCCGCUACGCAACCUUAACUCACAACUGCCACAACAAAUACGCCGAUGCAGCUCUCGUUGAGACUCCCAACGGCGUCGAGAAAUCCAAGCCCGUCUGGAACGGAGUCUCGGAUGCAGGCAAAGACCUCAUCUUCGAAAUGAACCGCCUGGGAAUGAUUGUUGAUCUCUCGCACGUUAGCCAAGACACGAUGCGCGAUGUCCUCAUUGGCAAAGAAGGCUGGAAAGGAAGCGCUGCUCCGAUCAUGUUCAGUCAUUCCUCAGCAUACACCAUCUGUCCUCAUCCUCGGAACGUUCCAGAUGACAUCCUCCAGCUAGUCAAGGAGAAGAACGGAGUCGUCAUGGUGAACUUUGCCCCAGAUUUCAUUUCUUGUGUUGCGAACACUUCCAACCCAAGUGGGAUUCCCGAUUUCUUUCCUGCCAACAAUACUUUAGACCAUGUUGUUACCCAUGUCAUGCAUAUUGGCGACCUUAUUGGAUACGAUCAUGUUGGAUUUGGCAGUGAUUUUGACGGCAUUGGGAGUAUACCAGAAGGGUUGGAGGACGUGAGCAAGUAUCCAGACCUCGUUGCUGCGUUGCUGAAAAAGGGCGUGAGUGAUGAAGACGCUGCGAAAAUUGUUGGAGGAAACAUCUUGAGAGUAUGGAAAGAUGUCGACGCAGUGGCAUUGGAGAUGCAGAAAGCUGGUGUGAAGCCGGUGGAAGACAAGUUGCCGAGUCUGAGGGGUGAGAUGCUGAUGAACUGGGAGACAAGCUUCUCGACUUGAUUUCGCAGCAUACAAAAUGUCUUUCAACAAGCGAGUUCGUCCAGUUCGUCCAGCAAUUGUUUCAUACAGUACAUUACGAGGUCCAAGAUAUGAGUACAUAUAAUUCUCUCGAUCGGCCGAAUUGAC